AUGACAAGGAGGAUCCCAAGAAGGAUGAUGAACUACAAGCCCCAAGGAAAGGCAAGCAAGCCUCAGAGACAAACACAAGAGAAGAAAGAGGAGGUGAAACCAUAUGUUCCUCCAUUAACUUACCCUCAGAGAUUGCACAAGGAGAAUAAGGAUCAACAAUUCCCUAAGUUCUUUGAGAUUUUCAAGAAAUUGGAGAUCAACAUCCCACUAGCUAAAGCCUUAGAACAAAUGUCACUCUAUGCAAAGUUUCUCAAGGAACUCAUCACCAAGAAAAGAAGCUGGAAGGAGAAGGAAAUUGUGAUCCUUACCCAGGAAUGUAGUGCUGUGAUCCAAAAGGGUUUGCCACCCAAACUCAAGGAUCCAGGAAGCUUUUUCAUACCACGCACUAUUGAGAAUAUACCAAUUGACAAAGCAUUAUGUGACUUAGGAUCCAGCAUCAAUAUGAUGCCAUUUUCUAUGAUGAAGAAGCUAUCAAUAGAGGAGGUCAAACCCACCAAAAUGUCAUUGCAACUGGCUGAUAGAUCCCUUAUAACCCAAUGGAGUGGUGCAAAACCUUCUAGUUAA